AUGGGAAACAAUUUAUGCGGAUUGGAGGAGGAGAAGAAACAUGUUUUACAUCCGGAAUCCAAAAUCAUCACAACCAGAACAAUCGGUAAAAGCACAAUCUCAAUAAUCCAGGCUGACGUAGCUGAAGAAUUGACAGAUGUCAUUGUGAAUGCAUCUCAUGAGCCGGCGUGGUCAUAUCUAUCAAAAAGAGAUAAGAACAACAAAGCCAAUGAGCUCACCCAGCAAAGUAUGUUAUAUUCAAAUUCAACAAUAGUGAAAAUAGGGGAAAUGAUUAAAACUAAAAGCGAAAAUGUUAACUCUCUAGAACUAUAUCACGUGCGUUUACCAUAUUAUUAAGAUACAAGGGAUUUAUUAUUAAUAUUUUAGAGCUAUCAAGCAUGUUUGAGACAAAAGGGAUUCAACUCCAUAUCCUUUACUGAGUAGAACUCCCCCAACUUUGCAAUUCCCAAGCAAUUUCACGCCGAAGUUCUCAUCAGAGCAAUCUUAUAGUUAUUGAAAUGA